CCCGCGACGCCACGGACCCGAAACGAUCGCCUCGGACCGUGGCCAAGUCUUGUGCGGCCAGUUUAGUUCCUACCUGCGGAUAAUCAAAGCCCUUACUGUGUCUCGAGACGUCACGAAGAAAGAUCACGCUUGGACGGGGAAGUAGCGGAGAUCGUCGGUGCCUCGCUUUGCCGAUUCGCCAACGAAGUCGAGCACGAGGCUGCCAAAAACCUGUAUAAACCAAUUCUUGCUGGUUUUGUGGCUCGACUGCCAAACUAUACACAUCAGAUGUGUUUGGAAUGAGGUGAAUUUUUCAUUUGUGGCCGUCUGGGGGGAGGGGCGCUAUCUCGUCGUAAUUAACAUUUAAACUGUUUGGUGUCGCGUUUCCGUACACUCGCGCGGCUUCAGGGUUUCUGCUCGGACCUGGAAGUGCUCUGGCAGAGGUCGUAUCCUUGGCUGCGCGGCCAACAAACACACUCCGGCGUGCCAGUCACGCGGGGAAAGGAAUCUGAUCGUGGGGCAGAUGCAGCGGGAGCCUCGCAGGAGCUCCGAGUCAAGAGUCAGGAACGAUCCCAGGAACGGCUGUUUUUGGCCGCUGCGCUCUCUCUCUCUCUCUCUCUCUCUCCUAACAUACACCCACCCACAUACUCCUGCUUCAUACCUCCCAUCAUUCCUCACCGCGUUCACUCCGUCCCAUCGCCCCGCGAGCAGCUUUUACUGGUUUCCAGCUCUCUAAUCGGUCUUUACACGGUUGCCCGGCGUGUAACCACAUCCAGCGCCCCGCAGCACUGCUGUGGUUCUGCGUCGUAUUACACGCUUGCUCCCUUCACGCGAACCCGCCCGCGCGAUGACGAUAACGGCGCCGUUCAUGCAUUCAUUUACCGCUUAUUCUUUCCACCCGACGCGUCCUACGACGCAACCGGGAGUCCCGAACAAGUCAAAUAAACGAACGCGCGCGACCGGACACGCCGUGAAUCCGUGCGUGAACACGGCGAGGACUCUGAACUCUCGGGAGUCGCGUCAGGCACACGGGCGAGUCGUUUAUCCGUUCCUGGGGAAAAAAAACCCGCCGGUGUCUUGAUAACCGAGUUUAAAUACGUCUCCGAAUGUUUAUCGUUUAAAAUUUUUUUUUAAAAAAUACCUCCCCAGCGGAAGAUCUUUUCUACAGGCAGCUUUUUGUCGGUGAAUCACUCGCUGACUCGGCGCUCUGCCUUUCCUCCGAGCGGCUUUAACCAUGCUACUGAUGAUCCUCCAGCAGGAAGAAAGGCGCGGCGAUCCGACCCGGCCCGUUUCGGAGCGCGGCGUAGCCGUCGCUCCGCCGCUAACGUCUAGGUCGGCUUCUCCGCCAGAACCCGUGCUCGCUGUUUUGCUUCAGUCUCCGAAGAGAUCUGUGUGUAAUUAUAUUUAAUUCGCUUUUGAUUAAGACGUUUCCUGUAACUUGUCUUUUUUUUUCUCUUUUUCCGCCACGCAAAUCUGCGUCAUUCAUUAUUAUUAUUAUUCUUUUUUUCUUAUUUUGAUUUCGCGUCUCGGGAGGUGUGGUUCAGGCUUGUCGUCAUGGUUACGUUACAACACGGGUUACGUUGUAGCAAGAGUGCGGAAAAUGACGCAGAGCCGGUUAAAAAUUAAAACGUGUAAUAAAACAAUAAUUUUUAAAAAGUAACGUAUUAAAAUCCGUUUGGUCUAAUCGAGGGUUUUAGGAGGGGGGGGGGGGGGGGUGUUUUCCCCUCUUCUUCUCACAAUAAGAAUUUCGGGGAAUUGCGAAACCUACGUCGGUAUCCGUCCACCGUUAGAAGUACACGGAUUGAAACUCGAAGCGGGCGUGGCCUAAACCAACCACACCCCUCAGGUGUCUGAAUGGCAGCUUGGUGCGUCUGGCAGUUCCUCAAACUUCACUCCAGUUCUCCAGAUCUUAAAAUUAAAAACUAAAAAAAAAAAAAAAACACACGGCGCCCGACGUCCACGUUAAUAAACACGGUUUUACGUUGUUGUCUAACGGCGUUAAAGUCGAACGGUCCUGAUGCACACCCCUACUCUCCGCCUCUUCUUCAUAUCUGCCUUCCUAUUGGUUUAGAACGUGUCACGUGUUCAUUCACUCGCGAAGACGGACCGACUCGCGCUCAUUACUCUUCCACUUAAAUGUCUCAUGAGACUGCAACCAUUAUAGAAGGGGGUGGGGGUGGGAAGGAAGUGUGUGUGCGCGUGUGUGUGUGUGUGUGUGCGCAACGAAGCAUUUCUGAAAAUCUUGCUCAACCAAACGUGCGUGGAAUGCCAGAGAAUCGUCCCACUUAAGCUGCGCGAUGGCUCCAGGCCUUUUUUUUUUUUCUUUCUUUCUUUCCCCUUCUCGUGUUUCGACUCGACGCGGCUCCAGCGGAACGUGUGUCAGAACCAGGAACCGCGCUUCGGGAGCCUUAUUCAGGACACGAAACGACACGUCUCGCGUCUUUUGGAUUAAUCCUGGACUGGUUUCCCCGCACGCAGCAGUUUGAGACGGGUCAGCGCCGCCGGGUCGCCGAUCUAUCAGUUUCCCGACUCGGGACGGAUCUGCGCCGGCCUGUUUCAGCUCGCGACCACGCGCGCGAACAGAAGAUGCUAUGAUAGAGCGAGUGUGUGUGCAUGAGUGUGUGCGCUGAGGUCCACCCCGCUCCGUCCUGCCACUCCCCGAAUGGCACAGGGAAAUCAGCAGAUUGACACUCAAGUUCUGCAACAACUGCGUCAGAAGUUUCCAGAAGUGCCAGAGGGCGUCGUCUCUCAGUGCGUCAUACAGAAUAAGAACGACUUGGCAGCGUGUUGUGAGUACCUGACCCAGGUGAGUCCCGGCUUCCUGUACAGCGAGGGCAGCCCGAGCGUGACGGACCUGCGCAAUCACAUGACCCAGCUCAACGUGGGCGUGUCGCAGAAUACCCAUGGUGCCGUGCAGCGCGAGCCAGUCAGGAUGAACGGCAGCAGGACUCUCUCGCACAGCCUGAGUGACGGGCCCGUCAACGGUCCCCCGGCUCCGGCCUCUGACUUCUACCAGGCAGAGUCUCAGUCACACGCUCACACACACGCACCCGCCGCCUUCUGCGUAAUGGAGCAGGUGCGAAAGCCACAGCCUCCGCAGCACCUCGGCCUGUACCAGCUCGGGGUCAAAGGUCAGGGUUCGGCCAUGCCCCUUCCCACCACGCCCCGUUUUAACCCCAUCACGGUGACGCUGGCCCCCAACGCUGGCCGAAACACACCCACCUCGCUGCACAUCCACGGCGGGCCUCAGGCCGGCCUCAACAGCCCCAACUCCAUCUACAUCCGGCCCUACGUCACCCAGAUCUCACACCCGGGCGGCCAGCACCACCAGACCUCGCACGUUUACAUGCCCAUCAGCUCUCCCACCAACCCACAGCCCCCCUCGGCCUUUCAGGCUCCGUCUGCUGCAGCCUCUCAGGCCUCUUCCUCGUCCUCCUCAUCAUCAUCCUCGUCUGUGCCCUCAUCUUUACCGGCGAUGGCGGCCGCCCCCUCGCUCGCGUCCUCCUUCAGCCAGUUCAACAUCCAGAACAUCUCCACGGGGCCCAGAAAGAACCAAAUCGAGAUCAAGCUUGAGUCUCCUCAGAGAGUGGGCGGAGCCGCCUCCACUGCCGCCGCCACAGCGACCUUGAUGUGCUCCGCCUCUGCUCCUCGACCGGCCUCGGCUUCUGGGUCCUUGUCCUGCCCGUCACCGUCCUCCUCUUCCUCCACUCCGCUCUCCAUCGAGGGGGCGGGGCUUAGCCGAAGCCAGCCCACCGUCUACAUCGCCGCCUCUCCUCCCGGCGCCGCUGCAACGACGGCGCCGUCUGAGGAGUGCGCGCUGAUCCCUCCUUCUGGUCGCUCACAGCCCAAAUUCUACAUCUCCGCCAACGCCUCUUCGGACGAGAGCGGCGCUCGGAACCCGCCCACAGUCUACAUAUCUGCCAACCCCGCCCUUCCCGGUGUGACGGGAGGGCGGAGCCUAGGCGGGCAAGUCAGCAUGGGGCCCGCGUACAUCCAUCACCACCCGCCUAAAUCCCGCAGCUCGGUGGGGCCGGGAGGCGUGGCUACCUCGCCGCGUGUGGUAGUGACUCAGCCCAACACCAAAUACACCUUCAAAAUCACGGUCUCGCCGAACAAGCCGCCAGCCGUGUCCCCCGGGGUGGUGUCGCCCACCUUCGAGCCCACCAACAUGCUCAGCGUGCCCGCCGAUCAGCACUACCCCGAGCCCGAGGCCAUCAGCCUGCCCGAGCCGCUCUCGCCCAACCGAGACCUGAGAGCCACCGAGAGCCGCCGGCCCAGCAUGGGCUCUGACGACGCCGCAUACACGCAGGCAUUGUUGGUGCAUCAGAAGGCGCGCAUGGAACGUCUGUGUCACGAGCUCAAGCUGAAAAAGAAGAACCUGGAGAAACUCAAAGAGGAGGUGAACGAGAUGGAGAGCGACCUCACGAGGAGACGACUACAGAGGUCCAACUCGGUGUCUCAGAUACCGUCUCUUGAUGAGAUGCAACAGCUGAGGUAUAAGAACAGGUUACUGCAGAUCGACAUCGACUGUUUAACUAAAGAGAUCGACCUCCUGCAGGCGCGUGGACCACACUUCAAUCCCAGUGCGAUCCAUAACUUUUACGACAACAUCGGCUUCCUCGGUCCCGUCCCCCCAAAACCCAAAGGUACUCCGGCAGCAGGCUCGGAUCACUGGGGCUCUUUGGACAGGAGAGGACGCAGAAUAAACGUCAGCUCCAAGCUGAAGAGAGACCCGUCUCUCCCUCCUGUUCCUCCCUCUCUCCCUGCUCCUGUGGAGCCGGGCAGUAAGAAUAUGAAGAUGGUGUCUGAGGCUGAAGAUGACGACGGGGUUCAGUGGGGGUGCACAGCCUGCACCUUCCUCAACCAUCCCGCCCUCAACCGCUGUGAACAGUGUGAAUUUCCACGACAUUUCUGAGCCCCAAUUACUUACACACACACACACACACACACACACACACACACAUUAUAUAUAAUAUACACUCAUGUGCACACACACACACACACACACACACACGUACUCAAACACAUUCACAUGUCAGCCAGGCUUUGUUACACACAACUUGCAGAAAUAUGGACAUGGAUGUCGUGUGUGUGUGUGUGUGUGUGUGUGUCUUUCUUUUGCUGUCUCUCUCUCCUUCACUGUCUGUCUCACAUUGUCUCUCUUGGUGUUUCUCUCACUCACGAUCUCUGUCUUGUUCACGCUUUGUCUCUUUCUCACUCGCUGUCUCUGUGUGUGUGUGUGUGUGUCUCUCUCUCUCUCUCUCUCUCUCUCUCUCUCUCUCUCUCUCUCUCUCUCUCUCUCUCUCUCUCGGAGGUGUGUGUCAUGCUGCCCACUGAAGACUGGAUAAUGUUUACAGGUUUUCCUCUGCUUCUAUCCGUCAAGCCAAGCUGAGCUCUUUAGUGUGUGUGUGUGUGUGUGUGUGUGUGUGUGUGUGUGUGUGAGUGUAGGUUUCCUUCACUGAUUCCAUAAAGAAUCUCAAUCUAGCCUGAAACAGUAUUAUGAAAGUGACACACACACACACACACACACACACACACACACACACACACGUGCCAAUGUGCCUUCCGGAUGGGAACUACCUUUCGAGAGCCUCCUCUCUUUCUACCUGAAGGGAAUAACAUUACAGACUACUUUCUGGACUUCGCUCUUCCCCAGACGCUGUUGGGGAACGAUGUGUGGAGUUUCUCCCCCCGCGCCUUCGCUCACUAAGAAAACGGAAAUAAAUAAAUAAAUCAAACGUAGCGGACGAACUGAAACUAAUCUGCAUGCUUUAGAUGUACAGUUUACAAACGGAGACCCCGCCUACCUAAGCUUUUACUGUACAUAGUGUUAGAACGAGCUUUAAAACGCCGUCCCCCCCUCCCCCCCCCCCCCCUCCUCCUCCUCGCUCUCUUUAUCUCCUCACAUGUAUUGUCUGUAAUUAUAGCUCCAUAGACUUCAUUUACUUUUAUUUGUUGGGUGUUUUUUUUUUUUUUUUUUUUUUCCUCAGACGAGUACGUUCUUUUGCUUUCCGUGUGAACGGCGUCGCGUUUUUCUCUUCCGUGUACGGGCUGCACACGCAGCGAAAAAAAACAAACAAAAAAAAAAGGUAAAAGAAAGAUGGAGCGUGACCCACCCCAUCACCUAGCGCCCCCCACCCACUACCACGGACAGGUCGAAGGUCACCACGUGGUCUCCGAAGCCUUCAAAAGGACCUCCGUCGUAUAUCUGCCAACUGGAAUGUAGGUUUCAUGUUCUGAGGAUUUUUUUAUUUUUUUUUUGUGGUGGGAGACGAGCGCAUCCACGCGUCGUCCGAACCUCUUGAAGCACGUCAGAUGAUUUUAUUGAACUGAACCGCACAGCACACAGUGUGUUUUUUGAAAGCAAAGACUUCUGGGAUGUUUGGGUUUUUGAUCUCGGUGUCCACCGAAACAAGGGAUUUUCCUUUUUUUUUUUUUUUUUUUUUUUUUUUUCUUUCUUUCUUUCUUUCUUUUUUCCCAGAGACUUGCAGAGAUCAGGUGAAAAAGUUCAGGAAAUGGUUCCUGUACAAAGCCAAAGCUAUCACCACAUGCCUUCAGCAGCCAGUCCGUCACCGAAUCGGGAGAUUCUCUGCCUUUAAAGCGGACACUGCCUCGUUGGGGUUUUUUUUUGUUUUGUUUUUGUUUGUUUGUUUCCUUCCUCUAUAGAUUUUGAUUACACCAGUCCCACAAGGCCUUAAUGACGUUUUAAAAUGUUUAUUAGAAAGAUACGAGUUAUAUAUAAAGAAAAAUGAUGCAAAAAUGA